AUGGCAAGUAUUCAAUUCAUUAAAGGUAUAAAUGAAACAGUUGUACCUAAUGUUAAAUUAACAAGGUCAAGAGAUGGAAGUAAUGGAACAGCAACAUUUAGAUUUAAUGAUCCAGAUAUUUUACAAUUAGACAUGCAAGAAGAAGGAGAUAUUACUGGCAUGUAUUUAAAAGAUGAAGAAGGCGAAAUGGUUACAAAAGAUGUAAAUGCAAAAUUUAUAAACGGUAAACCACAAGCUAUAGAAUCUAUUUAUAUAAUUAAAAGCCCUAAAGAUUGGGACAGAUUUAUGCGUUUUAUGGAAAGGUAUGCCAAUGAUAAUGAAUUAUCAUUUACAAAAGCAAAAUCAUAG